GUUCACCAUGCAUGAAUGCUCGUCGACGUGGUUUCCUGUGGCUAACCACUUCUUCAAACCAAGUGGAUCGUUGGCGGAGGGGUUUUCGUUAUUUUAUAUCGCCACGAGAUUUCCUCCAGGAGGUGACUUUCAAAAUCCGUCUUACUGCCUAAAUACCGCCAUCGGGCCCUAUGAUGGUACAUCAGUCACCGGCUCUUCAAUGUGAGAGACACCAUCUAUCCUCUUUCACAACAUGGCAUCAUCCACGUUCGAUGUUAUCAUUAUUGGAGCGGGGAUAUCCGGCAUCAAUGUAGGCUAUCACCUCCGAACCCAAUUCCCCAACCGCUCCUUUCUCAUACUCGAGGCACGCGAUAACAUCGGUGGUACCUGGGACAUCUUUCGCUACCCGGGAGUUCGAUCAGAUUCCGAUAUGUACACGUUCGGCUUCCAAUGGUUUCCCUGGAACCAGGCCAACCCCAUCGGCAAAGGGGAGGAAAUUAUGAAGUACCUAGAAGACGCUGCAACCAUGAGUGAGAUCCGCCAGCAUAUCCGUCCUAGCCACCGCGUCCUUUCGUCUGACUGGAACGGGCGCGGCUGGAUGCUGCAAGUGCAGAGUCCUAGGGGCAUCCAGCACCUGUACGCCCAGUUUACCAUAUUCGCCACCGGUUACUACGACUCUCAGAGACCGUUAGAGGCGACUAUUCGCGGACUCGAGAACUUCCAGGGCGAGAUCAUCCACCCUCAGUUCUGGCCGGAGAACUUUGACCCGGUAGGUAAGAAUAUCAUAGUGAUCGGGAGCGGAGCGACUGCAGUGACGCUGGUGCCUUCGCUGGCGGAUAUUGCUCAAUCUGUAACAUUGCUGCAACGAAGCCCGACAUAUCUCGCUGCCGUACCAAACGAAGCGCGGCGCAACAUGCGGUGGUUGGGUGGUCUCGUUCCUCGAGCUUUCGUUUACCAUUUCCGUCGCCUGUGGUCCUUGGUCAUGUCGCAAUUAUUCUACUCCUUUUGUCGAAGAUUUCCCAAUGCUGCACGGGCCAUACUCCAAGCAGAAGUGAAGACUCAGCUGCCGCCCAACAUCCCGCUGGAUCCGCACUUCAUGCCGCGAUACAACCCGUGGGAACAACGGCUCUGCGCCUGCCCGGACGGAGACUUCUUUAAGGCAUUGAAGUCCACCAAAGCCAGGGUCGCAACCGGGAUCAUCAGCCAGGUGGAUGCGCACGGGAUUCAAUUGGCCUCGGGCGAGCGACUCGACGGCGACACAAUUAUCACCGCAACGGGCCUUCGCCUGCAGCUCCUGGGCGGGAUUCCCAUUACCAUCCACGGACGGACAUUCGACGCAGCAGCAAGUUUCGUCUGGAAUGCGCUGAUGCUGGAGGGUCUGCCAAACGCGAUGCUGAUCAUGGGUUUCGUCAAUGCCUCCUGGACUCUCGGCGCGGAUAUUUCGAUGCGUCUUACUUGUCGGAUCAUGAAGCAUAUGUGGAAGAAUGGCUAUACAUCUGCCGUUCCUGUGCGGGCCAUUGAGCAAGAUUUUCCUCAGCGCCCUGUCAUGGAUCUCGAAGCUACCUAUGUCAAGCGCGCAGCGCAACGGCUGCCCAGGGCGUCGACGCAGCGGCCGUGGAUAUCGCGCACAGGCUACUUCUCGGACUUGUAUUUCUCGUGGCUUGGAAGUAUCGAAGAUGGAUUGGUGUUCUCCCCUUGACCAGUGCCGCCUCCCUGUCAUUGUUAAGCACAUGAUUGCCUGCUAAUUGGUAGGCAGCAGUGCUUCCAGUUGGCCUUUUGGUUUCUCAUGUAGUAUCCCAUCCUUCUCCUUGUUCUCUCUAUUGCUACCCUAGACAUCAAUCCAACUCAGUGCUUGC